CUCCUGUUACACCGGGAAACCGAGGCAUUAAACACACAGCACACAUUUACAGGCAAACACUCCAUUCCCAAAUAAAUCAAUCCUCAAGGAGACAUUAACACGAAGACAUAAGCAAAAGGACAUCAAAAAUCCAGGUGGACAACCCUGUCUGCUACAUGCUAAGUGUCCUUGACUGACUUCCUGCCACCAAGUGUUCACUCCAGCACAGAUCACAUCAACAUGGACGAGGGCUACCGAGACCGAUCGGCCUUCAUCAAAGGUGCCAAGGACAUCGCCAAGGAAGUGAAGCGGCAGGCGGGGAAGAAAGUGGGCCGUCACAUGGACCGUAUGACUGAUGAGUACACCAAGCGCUCGUACACACGCUUCGAGGAGGACGAUGAUGACGACGAUUACCCCGUGCAAGCGCAGGACGGAAGCUACUACCGCAGCAACAGCCGUGCCAAUGACGACGAUGACGCUGCGCACAGUGACUCCACUGAGGGCCACGACGAGGACGACGAGAUCUACGAAGGCGAGUACCAGGGCAUCCCGAGACAGGACUCGUCAGCAGGCAAGGAGGACGGGCAGGCGGGUGGAGCGGCGCAGGUUCAGCAUCGCGACCUGGCGCAGUACGAGGGCGAGAGACGCAAGGAUCGGGAGGAGCUGGCGCAGCAAUACGAGACCAUCCUUCAAGAGUGCGGCCACGGACGCUUCCAGUGGACGCUGUACUUCGUGCUGGGGCUGGCACUCAUGGCCGAUGGCGUUGAGAUCUUCGUGGUCGGCUUUGUGUUGCCCAGCGCUGAGAAGGACAUGUGCCUGUCGGAGCCUAAUAAAGGCAUGCUGGGACUUAUUGUCUACCUGGGCAUGAUGGUGGGUGCUUUUGUGUGGGGUGGUCUGGCUGAUCGGAUCGGCCGCAGGCAAACUCUGCUCAUCUCUCUGUCUAUCAACAGCGUCUUUGCUUUCUUCUCCUCUUUUGUCCAAGGAUACAGCUCCUUCCUGUUUUGCCGCCUGCUUUCUGGUGUUGGGAUUGGAGGAUCCAUCCCGAUAGUCUUCUCAUACUACUCUGAGUUUUUGGCUCAGGAGAAGCGUGGUGAACAUUUGAGCUGGCUCUGCAUGUUCUGGAUGAUCGGGGGAAUCUAUGCUUCAGCCAUGGCCUGGGCCAUUAUCCCCCACUAUGGCUGGAGCUUCCAGAUGGGCUCGGCCUAUCAGUUCCACAGCUGGAGAGUGUUUGUUCUGGUGUGUGCUUUCCCCUCAGUGGCUGCCAUCGCUGCUCUGAACACCAUGCCAGAGAGUCCCCGCUUCUUCCUGGAGAAUGGGAAACAUGAUGAAGCCUGGAUGAUCCUGAAACAAGUUCAUGACACCAACAUGAGGGCCAAGGGCUACCCAGAGAGGGUCUUCUCGGUGACCACCAUUAAGACCGUGAAGCAGUUGGAUGAAUUGGUGGAUAUGGGAGAUGAUACCACAGCCUGGCACCAGCGCUGGAAGCUGAAGCUCAUUAAUCUUUUUCAUCAGGUUUGGAGCAACUUCCUGACUGUUUUCCAUCCAGAGUACCGCCGUGUCACCUACAUGAUGAUGGCUGUCUGGUUCUCCAUGUCAUUCAGCUACUACGGCCUGACUGUGUGGUUCCCUGACAUGAUCAAAUACCUGCAAAAGCAGGAGUACAACUCGCGCACUAAGGUCUUCAUCAAGCAGAAAGUGGAGCACAUGACCUUCAACUUCACCCUGGAGAACCAGAUCCAUCGUCAGGGAGAGUACUUCAACACCAAGUUCUUGAAUCUUAAGAUGAAGUCCAUGGCAUUUGAGGACUCCCUGUUUGAAGAGUGUUACUUUGAGGACAUCACUUCCACCAACACCUUCUUCAAGAACUGCACCUUCAUCGCUACCCUCUUCUACAACACAGAUUUGUUUAAGUACAGGCUGAUCAAUAGCCGCCUCAUCAACAGCACCUUCUUGCAUAACAAAGAGGGCUGCCUGCUGGACUUCAGCGAUGAGAACAACGCCUACAUGAUCUACUUUGUGAGUUUCCUGGGCACGCUGGCUGUCUUGCCUGGGAACAUCGUGUCUGCUCUGCUCAUGGACAAAAUCGGACGUCUGAGGAUGCUGGCUGGCUCCAGCGUGAUCUCGUGCAUCAGCUGUUUCUUCCUGUCAUUUGGGAACAGUGAGUCGGCCAUGAUCGCCCUGCUUUGUCUGUUUGGGGGAAUCAGCAUUGCUUCAUGGAAUGCCCUGGAUGUACUCACGGUAGAACUGUUCCCAUCUUAUAAGAGAACUACAGCUUUUGGGUUCCUGAAUGCCCUGUGCAAGCUCGCCGCCGUCCUGGGGAUCAGUAUCUUCCAGUCCUUUGUGGGCAUCACCAAAGCUGUGCCCAUCCUGUUCGCCUCGGGUGCUCUGGCGGCUGGCAGCUUCUUGGCACUGAAGCUCCCAGAGACGCGGGGGCAGGUGCUUCAAUAGUGCGGCCUCCGUGCCAGCAGGUGGCAGCAUUGAAUUAGGGAGAAUCCUCCUGCAGUGUGAUCCCGAUCUCACAAUCAGUCACACAUUUUGUCAGAUUUGGAAUUAUAGAUGGUAUAAAAAUAAUCCCCUUCAUUUUAUUCAACACGGUGACGGUUCUUAUUAAUACAUUUGAUAGUUGGUGAGAUGCCAGAAAACAUCUUAAUCUCGUCACUCAUCCAGUCAUCAGACUAGUUUUAUGGAAAUGUCCAUGUAUCAGAUUCAUUAUCAUUAAAUGUCACAUUUUAUUUUAUAUAUCUGUACCUUCAAGUGGCGCAGUCCUAACCCCUAUAAUCAACAUCCUUACAGAGAGAAGUGUUUUUUUUUUGUGUGUGUGUGUGUGUGUGUGUGUGUGUGUAUAUACGUUGAACAACUGCCAUUUUAGACACAUUCCAGAUUGUUUUGUAGUUUGAACGUGUUAACCAGCCAGUGAUGAGUUUGCCCUUUAAUCUUCGUCCACAGCGUUAUAGUGAGGUGAGAGCGUAUCGUCAGUCAGUCGGUAGAUCUUUUCUGCACGGACAGUGUUUGCUCUUUGUGUGGUUCUGGUUGUUGUUGUUGUUGGUUGUUGUUGUAAGUUGUUGUUGUUUUCUUUCACUCAUAAUGUCCUGAGAAUUUUAUUUUUCAAGCGCUGAAAUUAUACAAAAAAAUUAAGAUCAUGGGUACAGAAAAAAUCUUUCAAAAUUGUUUUAAGGCAUAAUGAAGAGUAGAAGCAACAGGAUGAAAAAAAAACGUGUUCCCUCUUCACAUCUUCGAUCCAUGACGUAAUUUGUGUUUACGUUACGUCAAACACAGCAAUUCAGCGGCUACUUACGACCCAUCAUUCCCAUUCCGUCCUUCUGUGUUUCUUAAACUUCACAAAUUCUCAUCUCUUAUCAAGUUUUUGAAAUUUUUUGUUCAAGGAAACAUGAUGAUGUUCUUUCAUAGGCAUAAAUCUCUCUGGGGGAAAAAAAGACUAAAAAUGGCAGAAAACGUAAGGGGAAAAAAACAUAUCGAUCAAGCACAAGAUGGUUUGAUGCGACUAUCAAAACAAGGUUAUGAUUUAUUUUGAAAACUGAUGUAAAUGCUGUACUGAAUAUAAAUAUACAGUUUAGUCUGUCUGUCCUGAACACAC